AGUGUGAGCCUGGGAGUGGCAGGAAGAAGAGGCAGCGGAGAAAGAGGAAGAAGAAGAAGAAGAAGAAGAAAGCGGAGGAGGAGGAGGACAAAUCGGGAUCUUCCAGAACAUUCACACAUCUCUUCAUUUAAAGCAGCAGAAUGGCUGAGGGCGCAGUGUCUGUAGCGCAGGUGGAGACCGCCUUCCAGAAGUUUGCGGUCCAUGGAGACACCAAGGCCACAGGGAAGGAAAUUAACGGCAAGAACUUCGUCAAGCUCUGCAAGGACUGUCACAUCAUCGACGGCAAGAACGUCACCACCACGGACGUGGACAUCGUUUUCAGCAAAGUCAAGGCAAAGUCAGCUCGUGUAAUCACAUUCGAACAGUUUAACCAGGCCCUGACAGAACUGGCUCCCAAACGUUUUAAAGGAAAGAGCAAAGAGGACGCGCUCCAGCAGCUCUACGGUCUCGUCGUUGGCAAGGAGCCUGCCAAUGCUGGAGUCACUAAAGUGGCAAAAGCAGCAGCCGUGGACAGACUGACUGACACAACCAAAUACACCGGAGCUCACAAGGAGCGCUUCGACGAGUCCGGCAAAGGAAAGGGAAAGGCUGGCCGUGAGGACAUCCCAGACACCAGCGGCUACGUGUCGGCUUACAAAGGCACCGGCACUUACGACGACAAAGUGAAAGAAGCCUAAUCCACCGGACAGGGUUGUAAAAAACAAACUCCAACAGCUUUGCAUUUACCCCAGCUAUAUCAGAGUUUUAAAUAACAAAAAGAAUAACUCAUUUAAAGAAACGACAAACAAAAAGAAACCAAAAGAUGAUGAUAAUAACGAUCUCUGAGUACAGAACCGAGCGAUUGUGUCCUGCGUAUUUUUAGAGACUUUAGACACCGAAAGAGAAAGUAGCUUUUAUCCUAGCAUGCAUUUAGUUACUAACUCAGCCUGUGUUGCAGCUUUACACUGUGCCUUAACAUUGAUGUAGCAGCUUGCGCCAAUGCUUUGAUGUACACCCAGUGCUUUAGUGGAAGUAAAUUGUAAGUAUUGGUAAUAGAUACCAGAAGAUAAAGCUGAUUUUCACAACAUGCAUGUAUCGAAAACAUCAAGAUCCUCUGCGUCUCUGCACCACCAUGCUCCUAUCCAAAUGUUAGCCAACACUGUACGUUUAGUUGAUGUUACUCUCCGACGAUAACACACAAAUGAGCGUCAUGUAACGCCCGAGAUGGGUGUGAGUGUCACAUGUGUUUGAGGUGCUAUUAUGAAAUUGUAAUAUGGAGAGGACAGGCAGCUGGUAAGAAGUCCAAUACUCAUGCUGCCAUUGUUCAGCCCCUCUGAUGAAGUCGUAAGCUUACAGAUUUAUAUUUUAGUGCCUUUCGCUAAGCAACCAAUCAGUGCCCGUUACUGCAAAUGAAAAUAAUUCAUAUAGGUCAACUUAUAUUCCAUCAGGCAUGCAGAUCAAUGUACAAAACAAAAAUCAGGACCCAGAUCUUUGCAAAGCAGGAUUUCACACGACAGACAUUCACCUUUGUGUUGCAUAAAGAUGAAAAUAUAUAGCAAUAAGAUAUAGAUGUUUGCCAGUUAAUAUGCAUAUGUACUGAACAUUAACAGUAAAAAAUGUAAAAUAUUACACAACAAAACAUGACUGUUAUUUUAAAAUUUUUGAUUCAACUCAUUUUAAUUUAAUUGAUUUCAUUUGAUUUCAAUUUUUUCACGUUUUUUCUUUAUUAAAUGAUGCACUCUCAUGUAUUUAUAUAUAAUAUGAGGAAAAUUAAAUAAAGGGUAUAAGAGAAGUGAAUGUAAAAUACUGAAAGGACCAAAUUAUAAACUGCACUGAUGUUACACGGAUGAAAAGAUAUGUUACUUCAUUUUUCGACCUUCUUUUUGUGCAAUGUGAAACCUCAAAACAAGAAAAUUAUAACGCUUAUGUUUGUUAUUUGGGUAUAUUAUAUGAACACAUGGUAAAUAAAUGAGCUUAUAUACUAUCUACUUUACAUAAUAACCCCCAGACCAUGAAAUUAGUGACCCUGCUGUACGGUAUUGUAUGUAUGCUCUGUUGUAAAGUUUAAUCUGUGUGUUACAAUGCAUAUUAACCCAGCAGACUUUUCUGUUGCAGCCAUAACUCUGUGGACUUUUGGAAUAAAGUCAGUAAAAUCUG